AUGGCCCAACUGGCCAUGGAAAAUGAUCUCUGCAUCGCAAAUGGUAACAUUACUCCCUUGUCCUCGCAGCAAUUAACGUGCAUCACUUCCCGGGGACCCAGUGUUGUCGACUACAUUUUAUUGACGCCGGAGCUAUUCUCAAUUUCUACAAAAAUGGAAGUGGCUGAAUAUUUUGGUGGUGACCACCUUCCAUUGACUCUAAUGUUAAACCUAAUAGAGCCACUUCCAGUCCCCUCAAACUAUAGAACCAUGGUACAAAGCCACCCUGUAUACAAAACAAAGAAAUGGUCAAGCCUCAGCUCCUCUCUUGCCCUGGACAUACAAAAAUCAUUUGAUAUGUCUGCAGUUCCCUCUGAUCCAAUCCUGCCCGCUGACCAAUACCGGAAAUUACUUGAUGCUUUCUCAACAACUUACAUAACCACCACCUCGCCUACUUACCAACGCCUCUUCUCUGAAUCGCCCUGGUUUGACAAGGAAUGUAAAGCCCUAAGAAGGCGAAUUAGGAAAAUGGUCAGAAUCAUCAAAUCUUCCAACGACCCCCAAACCCGUGCAAAGCUCAUAGAUAUUAAAAGGACAUAUAGAAACAUGAUUCAUUGCAAGAAACAGCAGCACAUCCUUGAGGCUUGGUCCACUCUUCGUUCGGCUGUAGAGAGGCAUGACUCCCGCUCCUUCUGGCGCCUAGUUAGACCUUCGGCACCAUUCAAUCCAGCUACCCAGAUUUCCGCUGAUGAAUGGAUUGCCUAUUAUUCAACUAGUUUCGCUUCUCCAAACCAUCUUACAGAUCUCCUUCAAUCCCGUUGGACCUCAGUUCCUGCUCUCUUAGUCCCACUUCUUCAAUAA